GGCGGAAGAGUGGCGCGCAGGUAUGACGUCAUCAGCGCUGCGCCGCCUUCCCUCGCGGGCUGGGCCGAGGACCUCUGAAAUGCACGAGUGACCCCCCCCCACACACACCUGCUGCUCCCCGCCGGUGGAUCAUGGCAGCUCAGCUGAUGCACCGCUGUCGCUGGCUCUUCAGCGUCGUUGUUCCUGCUGCCUCAGCGGCCCCAACUUGCAUGCUGGCACCUUGGGGCAAGAAGGUGAUUGUGAGGGUGCUUCCCCGGCUGUCUGUCCUUCCGCUGUACACCUUGAACGUCUCUGGGCUGAAAGACAACGAGCCGACACAGAUGGGCGACAAACGUCUUAGUUCCCAAAAACUCAAAAAGUUCCUUUCAGUAGCCACCACCACCGAAGAGGUCUUGGAUCUUAGUAAGAUGUACAGUGUUGAUGCCUCGAUGGCUUCCCAAAUCAUCAUCAAGCUCUCCCAGCUGGCAGCGGCAGGAAACGAAGACACUGAGAGAAUCAUAAAUGACAAACGCUUUGAGCUCCUGUUCCUCUGUCUCAGUCAGAACAUAUCACAAAUCUUGAACUGGACCUUGGUGGGCCUCCUGAAGAGUUGUUACCAUCUGGACAGCACCAUGGAGAAGUUUGAAAUAGUGAAGCAAGAGGUGUACUAUCGCCUGAAGCAUCUCAGCGUCAAGCAGCUCAGUUCCCUAGCCAGUUUCCUGGCCUCCAGCAAGCAGACACAGAAUGGUAACAACCUGCUGAAAGACUUGGUGAUCAACCUGGAGCUCCGCUGGACAGAGAUUGAGGACGUCAGUACCGUGGUGACGCUGAUGUCACAAGUCAGGCAGUUCUCACCGACCCUAAUGAAGCGGCUGGAGACCAAGGCAUUGCAGUUGGCCGAGAAUUUCACUUCUCAGGAGACUCAGAAGAUGAUACAAGCAUUGGCGCUCCAGAACCAACGCUAUCUCCCCCUGCUCCGGGCCCUUUCCUACUACUUGGCCCAGAAUCGGAGUGAACUGCAUGUGGGCGCCAUAGUGGAUCUGCUCUUUGCCUGUGGAACACUGAAUUUCUCUGACUCCCAUCUAUUGGAGAAGCUGGCAUCUGACCUACUUGCCCAAGUGCCCAAGAUAACGCCCUUGUACGUGGUGCGCUACCUCCGCUCCUUUGCUACCCUCAGGUGGUUCAGCCUGCCGCUCUUUGAUGCCACCACUCAGUAUAUCCUGACCAACGCCGACCAGUUCAGCCCACUUCAGCUCUGCAGCAUCGUGCAGUCUUUUGCCUACCUGAAUUUCCAGCCCACCGAGAGGGACAGCUUCUAUAACCUGGUGGACCAGAAGAUCAGUGGGUUGCUGACCACCCUGAGUCCGGAACUGCUUGUGGAUCUGGUGUGGUCUCUGUGCAUGCUGCAACAGGUCAAGGUUCCCUACCUGCAGAGUGUGUUGGGGCCAGCAUUCGAAGAGCAUCUGCUACAUAAAGCAAACGACACCUCCCACAAAGGCCAGACAUUCAAGGUCAAGAUAAUGCACAUCAACGCAACUGCCCUGUUGGAAUGCCCUGAGUACAAGUGCCCCUCCCUGCCACCACAGAUACUGCAGGCUCUGGCACCGCGGGACCACAGGAAGCCCACCCCGCUUCAGAGCACCCUGCUCUGUGUGCUGCGCGAGGUGCUCGGUGACGAGGACAAGUGGCGCAUCAGAGUGGACACCAUCUACGGCUGGCAGCUCACUGCUGAGGUGCUGCUGAACAGUGACAACCAGCCCAUUCCCCUGAAGGAUUUUGUUGCUCCCCACCUGUUUUCCUCAGAAGGGACAGAGCUGUUGCCACCACGUGCCAGGAGGAUGGCUUUCCUGCCCUGGGAGUUCUCCAACUUCUGCCACCAGAACAAGGACCUGCUGGGCGGCUUCGCUAUGGCCCGGCGACACCUGCAAGCUGCUGGCUUUAUAGUCGUGGAGGUCCCGUGGUACGAGUUCCAGGAGCAGAAAUCAGACACACAGAAGAUCGCCUACAUCAAGGGCAAGAUGAGUAAAGCCAUAGCCAAAGAGAUGGCUAAGUAACCCCAGUCCGGCUGAGGUGGGAUGAGAGGAGGCUGCUGCGUGACCCGCUGCUGCCGUAUAGAAACAUUCACCGGAAUAAAGCACUAUUGUACAAUCCAGCUGGCAUGGCACACAGCUGUGUUCACCAGCCCGGCUUGUGCGCGCAGCACGGUGUGCUUGCCCUCUUCGCUCGGAGCGGACAGCUGUGCAUGCUGCCUGCUGCUAUUUGGGGCUGGGGGCAAGAGUUGGAAGAGCCACUGGGUGAUCCCUUCCCCUGUACAGUGCCCCAAAGGGGUCCCAGGGCUGCCAGGGAAGCUGUGUUUGUGGACCUUCUGCUGGGGUUAAUAACUAAAUAAAGUCUCCUUCCCA